CUUUUAGUUGUGCAGUAAAUAACGUACCACAGUUACAGAGUAUUACUGUUUUCCAAUUCCUUAACCCCCUCUUACCGGAAGCAGCAGCACCAGCAGCAACAGCAUCAUGGCCACUGAAAAGGUUUUCGCUAAAGGAAGUGCUGCACCUGGCCCAGUUAUGAAAGACUCCAUCAGGAUUUACAGCAUGAGAUUCUGCCCGUUUGCACAGAGAACCAGACUGGUGCUGAACGCCAAAGGGAUCAAACAUGAAACCAUCAACAUCAACCUGAAGGACAAACCUGAGUGGUUCCUUGCCAAGAAUCCUCUCGGCCUCGUGCCAACAUUGGAGACCUCUGCUGGUGAAGUGAUAUACGAGUCUCCCAUCACCUGUGAUUACCUGGAUGAAGUUUACCCAGAGAAGAAGCUGCUUCCUUCCUCUCCAUAUGAAAAAGCUCAGCAGAAAAUGAUGCUGGAGCAUUUUUCCAAGGUGGUGCCGUACUUAUACACCAUCCCACUGGGGAGGAGAAAAGGUGAGGACGUCUCACGACUGGAAGCUGAACUGAAAGAGAAGUUAGCCAAGUUUGACCAGGACCUGGUUGACAAGAAGACAAAGUUCUUCGGUGGCAACUCCAUCACGAUGAUCGACUACAUGAUGUAUCCGUUCAUGGAGAGAAUGGCCGUCGCUGAGAUACAAUACUGCCUUGAUCACACACCUGCACUGAAGAAAUGGAUGCAGCACAUGUCUGAAGACCCGACUGUCAAAGAAACCACAUUCGACGUGGACACCUACAAAAACUUUUACAAGAGCUACCACGAGGGGAAACCCGACUAUGACUACGGCCUGUAGAUGAAACUGACAGAAACCCUUAUAAGUGUCCAUUUAUACCUCUGUUUUUUUCUCCAUUUAUACCUGUUUUUGGAAGUGGGGUGCAAUAAUUGAAGACUUGUUUAGUACAUGUUUCUAAUGACCAAACUUAAAAAUAUGGCACUUUUUUUCUAAUAAAUGAAUCAACCUAA